CAAUGACUAGUGCUUAUAUUUUAUUGUUAUUAUAUUUUCAUAACUUUAUUGGGUUUGUUUUUCAAAAAUAAUAUAAUUAUACUAUUAUUAUUAUAUUAAUUUUAAGCAACAACCACCGCUACAGUUCAUUUUGAAUCAAUGGAAAUACUUUAAUUUCUCCAUCAAUUUUGGCACAGGAAGUGUACAGAUACAGUAAGCAGCCAGUCAUGUCAAACUCAAGUUCAUGUUCUAUUCUAAGUUCUAUUUUCUUGGGGCUGCUUAUGCUACAAGUCCCAUAAUGUACUACAACAGUUGAAGCCAAACUUGCGGUUUUGAAUGAUCCAUCCUAUCAGAUUGUCUCACACACAAAAAAAGUAGUCUUCUCUAAUGCUGCAACGAUUGAAUAACACCCCCUUAUUUGUAACGGCUGUUGACUCUGGAUUAAAGUUUCAUUAUGUGGAGUGCGACUUUAAUCUUCCUCCUCUCGUGACUGUUCUUCAGCACCAUCACAUCAGUGUUCCUUCCCAGCCCACCUUCUGUCCCGCCGGACUCAAACACGCUGAAACACCGGCGGAACGGUGUCCUUUAUGCCCGUCGGCAAGACGCACGCUAAUCCUCACGUGUGCAGGAAUCAACCAAUGGCAGCGCUCAGAUUAUGGAGAGAGGAAGUCAAUCCAAUAGAGGGUUUGCCUCUGCAGAGCAAAUCUGACCAUCCUGGAUUAGAAAAAUAGCAACAGCUCUCUGCUCAAAUUCACUUUCACAAGUCUUAAUUGUGUUUUUUAAGGACGGGCAGACAUUUUCCCUGAUUCGGCCAAGAAGAGUCAGAUAACAGAGAUGCCGUCCCCAUUUGGAUCCAGCCAGACUCACGAGAAGAAGAUUGGCCACAGAAGAGUGGAUGCGUCUGGAGAGACGACAUACAAGAAGACCACCUCCUCGGCUUUAAAAGGUGCCAUCCAGCUCGGCAUCGGAUACACAGUUGGCAACCUGAGCUCCAAACCUGAGAGAGACGUGCUGAUGCAGGACUUCUACGUGGUGGAGAGCAUCUUCUUCCCCAGUGAAGGCAGCAACCUGACUCCGGCUCAUCACUACCCAGACUUCAGGUUCAAAACGUACGCGCCUAUUGCGUUCCGUUACUUCAGGGAGCUGUUUGGGAUUCGACCUGAUGACUACCUUUACUCUCUCUGCAAUGAGCCUCUGAUCGAGCUAACCAACCCCGGAGCGAGCGGAUCCAUUUUCUACGUCACCAGAGACGAUGAGUUCAUCAUCAAAACUGUGCAACACAAGGAGGCGGAGUUCCUCCAGAAGCUGCUGCCCGGAUACUACAUGAACUUGAACCAGAAUCCUCGGACUCUCCUGCCGAAAUUCUUCGGCCUCUACUGCGUCCAGUGUGGCGGCAAAAACAUCCGGGUGGUGGUGAUGAACAACAUCCUGCCUCGCUCCGUUCGCAUGCAUCUCAAGUUCGACCUGAAGGGCUCCACCUACAAGAGGAGAGCCUCCAAGAAGGAGCGUGAGAAGUCCAAACCUACGUUCAAAGACUUGGACUUUCUGAGCGACGUUCCUGAAGGCCUCACGCUGGACCAGGACACGCACAGUGCUCUGGUCAAAACCCUCCAGAGAGACUGUCUGGUGCUUGAGAGCUUCAAGAUCAUGGACUACAGUUUGCUGCUGGGGGUGCACAACAAGACCCAGUCUGCACGAGAGCAGCAGCCCCAGGGUUCACCUGCUGGUGGAGGUGGAGAUGAGAAGAGACCGGCGGCUCAGAGAGCUUUGUAUUCUUCAGCUAUGGAGUCGAUUCAGGGAAGCUCCAUGUGCCGAGACACUCUGGACCAUGACGACACAAUGGGCGGCAUUCCUGCUGUGGGCGCUAAAGGAGAGCGCCUCCUGCUGUUCAUUGGCAUCAUCGACAUCUUGCAGUCAUACAGACUGAUAAAGAAAGUGGAGCACUCGUGGAAGUCUCUCAUCCAUGAUGGGGACACGGUGUCGGUGCACAGACCGGGCUUCUACGCCGAACGCUUCUACAAGUUCUGCAGCACCAUCGUCUUCAGGAAGAGCUGCUCUCUGCGCUCGUCUCCGUCCAAGCGUGGCCGAGGAGCUCUGUCCAUGUCCAAAUCCAACGCCGGGGGAGUCGGGCACCGUCCCUCGCUGAGCGACGAGAGACAGGAGAACUUGGACAACCUGGAGAACCUGAGAGGAGCACACAGCCUGCUCAUCAUGGAGGACAAUGGAGAGCCACCGUGUACACCUCCAUCGUUUGAAGAUGCAACAACAGCCUCCAUCACCACCACCCUCUCCUCCAACAACUCCUUACCAACCACUCCCUUUGACACGCCGGAACACCCGAGAUACAGGAGGCAGAUGUACUCGCCCAGUGUGGCGCGGUCGCAGAAGGAGUUGGUGGAGGUUCACGAGCAGAAGCAGGACACCAUCACAGUGGAGGUGGAGCUCAGUAAGAUCCCACAGAGCACCGAGCUCACCCAGAUGACGGAGACGCCGUCCUCAAACCUUCCUUCGCCUGAUCCCGCCCCAGCUCCACCCAGCAGCGCCCCCCACCAUCACACCUCCGCCACGCUCCCCUCCUCUUUCGCCUCCUCGGCCUCUGCACAGUCAGCCAGCCGCUCCUCCGCCACACUUUCAUCAUCCAUCCAUCCGUCCACCAAACCCCUGUGCUGCCCUACGCUCCCUCAACCCACCCCCUCAACCCAAAACCCUCAGGCUCUGGUUUCUCAAACCUCAGCCUUCACUCCCAUCUGCCCUCAGUCCUCCAGUCAGAGCCCGUCUCUCCCCCUCCCGCCACCGAGUCCGGUGGCUCCUCAGAGGACGACGAGGGCGUCUCUGUCAGUGUCCAGCAGUCACAACUCUCUGGAAGGAGAGGUGCCGGUGUCGGACAUCUACUUUUAUGCAGACGGAAGAUACUGGGUUUACUCUCCAGUUCUGGGCCGCCGUAAGCUCAAUUCUAGCUCCAGUUACAAUACUCAGGAGGAUCAAGGAUGGGUGUACUCUCCGCUGCACUCUGGAUCCAGAAGAAGUUCGGACGGGGAGAGCGAGACAUGAGUCCCAGUGGAGCAGUGGAGUUAUUGCAACAGUGAAGACGCUGUGAGGUUUUUGUCAAACCACCAGGCCACAGCGAAGAUUCCAGGCUGCCGUUUCAGUUUGUUCUCCUGAAGCUGCCGUGAAGGAAAGAGAGCCAAACCAUGAAAUCUACUCCCGUAAACAUUCACCACGUAGAGAACUAUCUAACAUUAUGAUGAGAUGGAGCAUUAUUUAGCAAGGCACAUGUAUGUGGACAAUCUGAAUGGCACUGUGAAUGAUUUCUCGUCCUGGUCAUGCUGACAGUGGGUCCCACUGUUCCAGCGAUGACUAUGCAAAGUUUACAAUUGUCUUUCUGUAUUUAUUUUUCUAAAACCUUCACCGUAUCGUAGCACUUUAUGAAGUGGGUGUAUGUGUUCCAUUUUUGUUUUCGUUGUGAUGUAUUCUGUUGCUCGACAAAGGUCUUUGUUCUGAAUGCCUUAUUGAGGUUUUAUACAGAGACAAAUACGUGAACAAAUUGACGUGCAAAACGUCAUCUCUUCCGUCAUAUACAUAUAUAAUCUACAAAACAAUGUGGCACAUCUGAUUUAUUUCUCAUCUUUGUACAUAAAACAUGGUUCCGUUAACACGCGCAUGUGUGUUUUUCUGUGUGCAUGGUCGACAAACGCAUGCAGUGCAGGUCGUCUACAUGUAGUUUAUAUAUGCAACAGAUACAUGUAUCUUCUGUUAGCAUGUUGGCUGGAUGUAUUAAUGGAAGAAUCCAGAAUGUCGCACUCAAACAAUCACUGAAAUCACUUCAUUCACACCUGUGCAAUUCUGCAAAACCUAUUUUAGUGUUUUGUUUGAUGUUUAAAACAAUAUAUUGCCGUUCGCAGAAGGCAACUGUAUUUUAUUAUUCCAUGAAGAAAGUUAACUCGCAUUACUUACUUUCAUCAGUGUUUGUAGCAGAUCACUGUGAAAAAAAAGGAAAUAAACUGACUUGUGUUUUAAGACGAACGAAUUUGAAU